AUGUCCUAUGACCGCUAUGUGGCCAUCUGCAGCCCCCUUCAGUACCCUGUGAUCAUGACCAGCUCACUCUGUGUCCGUCUUGUCAUCCUCUCCUGGGUGGGUGGCUUUCUCCUCAUCCUCCCAUCUACAGUCCUCAAGGCAGGACUUCCCUACUGUGGCCCCAAUGUGAUCGAUCACGUUUUCUGUGACAGUGCCCCACUCCUCCACUUGGCCUGUGCUGACGUCCGUAUUAUUGAGCUGCUGGACUUCCUCAGCUCCCUUGUCCUGUUCAUCAGCUCCCUCUCACUCACAGUUGUCUCCUAUGUUUACAUCAUCUCCACUAUCCUGAAGAUACCAUCAGGCCAAGGUCAACGCAAAGCCUUUUCAACCUGUGCUUCUCACUUCACUGUGGUCUCCAUGGGCUAUGGGAUCUCCAUCUUUGUCUACGUCCGCCCCUCACAGAAGAGCAGCCUGCACCUCAACAAGAUUCUUUUCAUCCUCUCUACGGUCAUCACGCCACUCCUGAGUCCCUUCAUCUUCAGUCUUCGCAACAAAGCCAUGAAAGAUGCACUGAAAGACUUGGUCAAGGGACGAAUCUUGCUCAUGGGGAAGAGGUCCAAGUGA